CCCUCCCGGCUUCGCAUUUCCCUUCGGCAGUGGGCCGGCGGCUCUGGGCACCAUGCUCCGGCUCCUGCGGUUGCUGCUGCUACUGCUGCUGCCUCCCCCAGGGUCCCCCGAGCCUUCCCAGCCCCCGGGCCUGGCCUCGUUGUCGCCGGGGGCGCCUCCCCAGGCCCCGGACUUGCUCUACGCGGACGGGCUGCGAGCCUACUCCGCUGGGGCAUGGGCGCCCGCGGUGGCGCUGCUGCGAGAGGCGCUGCGGAGCCGGGAGGUGCUGGGCCGCACGCGGCGGGACUGCGGGGCAAGCUGUGCGGCCGAGCCCGACGCUGCGCUCCCCGCCCAGCUCCUCGGAGCCCCGCAGCCUGCCUCGGGGCCCCGGGCCUGGGAACCGCUGCUCCUGCGCGCCACGCUCCGCCGCGCCGAGUGCCUGACCCAGUGCGCAGCACGAAGGCUGGGCCCGGGGGGCGCAGCGCGAUUCCGCAUGGGGAGCGCGCUGCGGGAUGUCUUCCGCCGACGGGAGCCUUACAACUACCUGCAGAGGGCCUACUACCAGUUGAAGAAAUUGGACCUGGCAGCUUCUGCAGCACACACCUUCUUUGUGGCGAACCCAACACACUUGCAGAUGCGGGAAGACAUGGCUAAGUACAGAAGAAUGUCUGGGAUUCGACCCCAGAGCUUCCAGGACCUGGUGACGCCCCCGUAUUGGGCAGCCUAUGACAGUGGCCUGGAGCUACUGGAGCAGCAGGACGUAGCACUGGCAUUGGCCAAGCUAGAGGAGGCCCUCCAGGGGAGCCUGGCCCACGUGGAGAGCUGUCGAGCUGGCUGUGAGGGGCCUGAGGAACAGCAGCCGGCUGAAGAGGAGGAAGAGGAAGGGAGCCAGGGGGCGCUGUAUGAAGCCAUUGCAGGACACUGGAUCCGGGUUCUGCAGUGCCGGCAGCACUGUGUGGCAGAUACAGCCACCCGUCCUGGUCGUAGCUUCCCUGUCCCCGACUUCAUUCCCAGCCAGCUGAGACGGAUGCAUGAGGCCUAUGCUCAGGUGGGGAACUUGUCUAAGGCCAUGGAAAAUGUCCUGAGUGUCCUGCUCUUCUACCCUGAGGACGAGGCUGCCAAAAAGGCUCUGAACCAGUACCAAACUGAGUUGGGAGAGCCAAGACCCGGCCUGGGACCACGAGAGGACAUCCAGCGCUUUAUCCUUCGAUCCCUCGGGGAGAAGAGACAGCUCUAUUAUGCCAUGGAGCACCUGGGCACCAGCUUCAAGGACCCAGACUCUUGGACCCCAUCAGCUCUCAUCCCUGAGGCACUGAGAGAGAAGCUCAGAGAGGAUCAAGAGGCGAGGCCCUGGGACCAUGAGCCUCCACAGCCGAAGUCCUUGCCCUACUGGAAGGAUGUCCUUCUCCUGGAGGGUGUGACGCUCACCCAGGAUGCCCAGCAGCUGAAUGGAUCAGAGCGAGCCGUGCUGGAUGGACUGCUAACUCCAGCUGAGUGUGGGGUUCUACUACAGCUGGCCAAGGAUGCAGCUGAGGCUGGAGCCAGGUCUGGCUACCGUGGUCGCCGAUCCCCUCAUAGCCCUCAUGAACGCUUUGAGGGCCUCACAGUACUCAAGGCUGCCCAGCUGGCUCGGGCUGGGACUGUGGGCAGGCCAGGUGCUAAAUUGCUUCUGGAGGUGAGUGAGCGAGUACGGACCUUGACCCAGGCUUACUUCUCCCCGGAACGGCCGCUGCAUCUUUCCUUCACCCACCUGGUGUGUCGAAGUGCCAUAGAAGGUGAGCAAGAGCAACGCAUGGACCUGAGUCACCCAGUACAUGCAGACAACUGUGUCCUGGACCCUGACACUGGUGAAUGCUGGCGGGAGCCCCCAGCCUACACCUAUCGAGACUACAGUGGGCUCCUCUACCUCAAUGAUGACUUCAAGGGAGGUGACCUGUUCUUCACACAGCCCAACGCCCUCACUGUCACGGCUCAGGUGCGUCCUCGCUGUGGGCGCCUCGUGGCCUUCAGCUCUGGUGGUGAGAAUCCCCAUGGCGUAUGGGCUGUGACGCGGGGACGGCGCUGUGCCUUAGCGCUGUGGCACACAUGGGCACCUGAGCACAGGGAGCUGGAGUGGGCAGAAGCCAAAGAGUUGCUGCAGGAGGAAGAGGAGGAGGAAGAGGAAGAGGAGGAAGAGGUCCUCAGCAGAGAUCCUUCCCCAGAACCCCCAAGUCACAAGCUUCAGCGGGUCCAAGACAAAGCUGGGAGGCUACUCCGGGUCCGAGAGGAACUGUGACUGGCUGAGCCAGCUUCUUAGGGAUAUGGCCACUCAUCUUGUGAAGGAAUCAAUGAGAAGGCCCUGUGUGACAGCAGAACCAGAAUGGCAUGCCCAUUUUGGGGACCUACAAGGGCUACCAAGCCCUAGACUCAAGCUUACUACACAGAUUUAGCCUAGGGCCCACCAGGCCUGAAAGCUAGGUCUGGCCCCAGCUGAGGGGCCUGCAGGGUCCCUAGGACAGACAAAGGUCAUUAUGCCUCCCUGAAAGGCAUGGCAAGGAUUGAAGGCUAAUUGCUUCUAAUAAGGAAGACACAGUGGAGACCAUCCCAUCCUCUCCUAACCUUUGUAAUAAAGAACAUGAAGAUCCCCAGCC